GUCGCUGGGUAACGUUUGCUACAAUAUCUUUUACUCGUUUUUUGGUACAUUUUAAUAAAGAUUUAGUGAACAUUAUUGUGAAUAUUAUUGUUAAUACGUUGAUAUAUUUCACUCUAUCUAUAAUGUUUUGUGAUAGUCGAUUGCUUCUUGAUGUCAAUUUUAACAAAUAGUCUGGCUUGACUGUUGCGUGAAGCUCCGCUAGCUUCAUCGAGUGUUUUUUGUUAAUUAUUGUACAAAUAUUGUGUGAGACAUGGCUGCGAUAACUCCCCGGCGGUCAUCUCGCAUUCCACAUUCUCACACGCCGAAAAUGUCCGAAAGAAAGAAAGCCCUAUUCCAAGGCGCUUCUCAGCCAAGUAGGGAGUCACUGACUGAACAUCGGAAGCUCCCGGUAGUUGAUAGUGAGAGCGACAGUGAGGACUGUGAUUUGGGCAUUAUGGGAGCUCUGGAUUCCAGCUCUGAUGAGAACGACAAUGGACCUAGAACUCCUGAGAGGAAUAUAUGGCAUGAGACAAGAAGCCAAACACGAAAACUGCUCAAAGAAAAUCAAGAUCUUAAGAACUUCAUUAAGUCUCCUUUCACCCUGAAGAAGUAUCAAUCUAGAUAUUGCCCUGAUGCAAAAUGCACAGGCUCGGUAUCCACCCCAUGCACGCCUCACUUCCACAACCACCCUGGGACUCCUUCUUCAACUCAUUCUUGUGCAAGUGUCCAUACAACUUCGUCAACCUCGAGCCGGGCUCGGAAAAGCCUUGCCAGUCUCAUUGCUGACACAGAGAGCUGUAGCAGCUCUCUGAAAGAUUUAAACUUUGACACGGAUUCUGGGACAGAUUCGAAAGAAAACACCCCCUCAAAAGUCCGCAGAUCAACCCGCAAACAGAAAACACCACAACUCAACUUUAAAGGUGUUCUACUCGAACAGAAGAAGAACUUAUUGUCCCCUAUGAAAAUUGCUGUGGUAUGUCUCACAAAAAUGGAUAUGACCAGUGUCAUAUCACCAACUCAAAUGCUAAAAACCCCACAAACAACUGAAUCUAAUCAGUCACCUCCCAAAAUAAGCCACAAUCGGCGUUCAGUAGUUGAGAUUAAUGAAAGUCCUGAAUCUUAUUGUGAGAGUGAUAAGAGUCAUAAAAGGGUACGGAACGACAGCCUGACAGACCAUGGGCCUACUUCGAAGUACCCAAGGCUUGAAAAUGCAGCGCCCAAAGCGCGUCUAUCGCUAUUCAAUAGUGACAGGCUGAAAGAAAUACUUUCAGCAAAGUCUUUCUAUGGUAAAAGUAAUCCUGAACUCAACACUAGCAUUACAGCAAAGAUAUCUAAUGCCAUUGAGGCGACUAGCUCCCACCCUCGCAGGCCAUUCUCCCACUCCCACUCACACAGGCGCAAGAGGAGACCUGGUCAGAUCAACAUGGGUGUUAAACACAGGAUUAGGAAGCCUAAAUUAAACAAGGCCAGAAUUAACUUAAUUGGGAAUAAAUCCUUUAAUAACACAGCAAAUAGCUCUGUGUUGAAUGCCAGCGUGGUGUCUAAUGUUAGCGUCAAUGAUAGCUCUAUUUUGAGCCAGAACUCUUCUCAGGAAAUCGGGAAUGAGAAAGCAGAUCCAUUUGACAAAGAAAAGCAGACUAUCGAAGCUCUCCUCAGCCAAUGGACCGAGGAGGAGGUCCCAGAAGCUGAGCUUCGAUACUCCAAACCCGAUGUGCCCUGCUUCAACAGCACCGUCAUCCAAGAGACCAGUCAAAUCUUUGAACCAGUAACUGCUAUUCCUGUGCCAACGGCUCCUACAGAAGUCCCAACAGAUUCGGAUGCAGUGAUAGUAGAAUUAGGGGCUAAGGAAGUAGCAGUGAAUCAGGAUGUAGUGAUGGCUGAGAGUCACACCGCUGAUCAUGGGGAUGUGCCGAAGAGUGGACAGUUCCUGCCUGUGGAAGGAGGAUACAUCUUGGUUGAUGAUAAUGCUGAACCAGGGCUGGCAAGCGACGAAGAUUUGACGGACCUGGACGCGAUCGAGCGCGAGCUGAAGAUGUUGGACGAACAGAUCCUGCAGAUGGCGCAGUCCAACAACAUCGACCCGGACGCCGUCAUCGCCUCCACUGAGACCGCUGUACUUGCAGUGAGAACUCCAUCGCCGUCGCCGACCGAAGAAACAGCGAAGCCACAAAAGCUGUUCCCGAUCUUCAGCAACCCCAACCCUGGGACCACCACACCCAACACUAAGGAAUCCGAAAAAAGCAAGAGAUGCAUUCUGAAAAACGGAUCGGAUCAAUAUGUGAUAGACGCGGGACAGAAGAGGUUUGGAGCCACCCAGUGUCAUGAGUGUGGAGCUAUUUAUCAGAUCGGCGAUCCACAAGACGAGCACGAUCACUUGGUGCAUCACAACGCAACCGAUGUCAUCAGGUUCAAUGGCUGGAAAGAAGAGUUUGUGGUGUUCCGCUCAGAGACCAGUCGUUGUAUCCGAGUGAGAGGAACUGAUCCUGGCUGGAAGAGAGUCCAAGCUCUGUUGCGGAGGUUGGUGCACCCGCAGCUGGGGUACGAGGCGGAGCUGAGGGGGGAGCCGCACACUUACACUGCUUACCUAUACAUCGAGAAGAAAAAAAUAGUAGGCUGCCUGGUGGUGGAGCCCAAGCUGAAGGGAUACAAGCUGAUCCCAGGGGACCCGGACUGCUGCAGCGUUGAGCAUUAUCCAGUCAAAUGUGGCGUGUCCCGCGUGUGGACGCACCGCAGCGCGCGCAGGCGCGGCGUCGCGGCGCGCAUGAUGGACUGCGCACGCGCAAGCUUCCUCUACGGCGCCGCUCUCACCAUCGCCGACCUCGCCUUCAGCGCCCCCACGGCUGCGGGGAAGGCCUUCGCUGCCAGCUACACAGGCACACAGAACUUCUAUGUGUACUUGGAUUAGCUUUUUUAAUCCAAAACUGUGUUAAAAAGUGAUUUGUUAAGUGCAGUGUAACAUGUAUGUUUACAGCAGCUGAGAAAAUAAUUUCCAAUGCUAGUUACACACUAUCGGCGAACUCGGACAGAUGCUGACGCGAAUUAAUGUACAUUGUUGUUUUUAUGUGAACUUUUUAUCACCGCAAGGAAAAACCACCAAUAUGCGUCGAAAUGGUCAAGUUUGACGAACUGUUUGUCAAUAAUGGAUUUCCCAACUUAUAUGUAUGAAGGAUGUGCCUACCCCCAUUGGGUGUGAUAGUACAUUUGUAUGUGUAUGAUUUCCAACCGAAGAAUAUUUCAUAAUUAGAGUUUUACGAAUUGAGCAGGUAUUUAAUGUACAGCUGGUGAAAAAACGUAUAUUGGUAAUUUGAAUAUCGAUCUGUUAAUAUUUUAAAAAUUAAUUUAUAUUAUGAUAAAAAAAAUAUCACAUAUAAACUAGUGAAAUUUGAAACACAAACUCUGAAAUGCAAUGUGUGAAGUGUUUUUCUACAAUACUUGUAUUUCAAAAUAUUGUUGAAUAUUCCUGGAUUACGAUUUUUUAUAAUUUUCGGGACCAAAAUUAUUGUUAAUUUAAGUGCCUUUAGUCAAGGUGUGCCAAUUUAUAAAUUAAUGUUAGAUAUUGAGAUUUUUAGAUAUAUUUUACCUUUUAGAAGCUUUUUAAGGUGCAGAAAUAAUGCGUAUUGGUACACGUUUAUUGUAUGUAAUUGUUAAUGGUUGCCUAGCAUACGCGUGCACACGUGCGUUACAAUUGCGUAUAAUAUACAUGGACCGUUUUGCAACACGCGUUCAGGCAACAUGGCCUUUGCUUUAAAUUAUGUGAUUUCUAGCUAGGAGGAAUAUUUUAUGCUGUUUUUGUAAGAAAAACUUAAAAAGUGCAAUGGCAAAUAUCAACAAAUACUAACUUUGAUCAAUGCCAGCUAGCUCUCUAUUUCCCAGAUGACGUUCUAAUACGCUUAUAAUGUAGUUGUAAAUUAGUUUUUGUACUUAUUUUUAGUUAAAAUGGAAUUAUUAGGGUUAACUAACACUAGGAUAGAAGCACAGAAGAAAAGUUUCCAAUUGUUCUUUACUUGCUGUAACUCAUUUAGAAUAGGUACCGAUUGCUUUUGACUUAAACUCUGUGUUAGUAUGAGUUGACUCUCAUUUUUAUUUGUACAUGUGUCUCAUGAACCUGUGGCGACAUCUACCACGCUAGUUUUUCAUGUUUUUAAACUUAUUCUCGUCUGCAAGUUUUAUUUUAGCUUGUUCAUGAAUAUAUUAUAUUCCUGGUGUUAUUUUAAUUUAUAAUAGAACCAUAUCGUUUUUUAGGAGUUUUUUAUUGUAUGAAUUUUCAUUUAAGAUUGUGGAAGCCUCAUAGUUUAGUGGCAAGUCCAAAGAUAUUUUGUACCUAACAUUGCCAUAGACUUGUACAUAUUAUUUAUUUGUAGACUUUCAGUUCUACAAUUCCUACUCAUUCAAUUUUAAGUUAAUAUUUUAUUGAUAAUUGUUUCUGAUUUAGAAUACAUAAUACCUUUAAAAUUUGCAUUUAUGUUAAGUUGCACGGGAUGUGCCCUCUGAUUUUAAAUAAAAGUACUGGUUUUAUAAAG